AUGAUGGAGGGGAAUUUAUCAUCCGGAAAUAUCUUUCAAGGUAAUGGUUCUUUUGGAGGUUUUAAUCUGCAAGGGCCGGUACGAGUUCAUCAGCAGCAACAGCAACAGCAACAGCAACACCCCCUUGCACUCCAUCAACAACAUAGUUCUCAUCCUCGACAAGGAUCCUUAAUGGCUCGUCCCACGAGUCAUGAGAAUUUUUCACUUACAAUUGGAAACACACAAGAUUGUGAACAGACAAUUUCCUUUGCAGACUACAACAAAGGGGAGAGGGUAAAAACUGCAAGUGAUGAGGAUGAACCGAGUUUUACGGAAGAUGCCACUGAUGGUCGGAAUGAUCCAACUGGAGGAAAGAGGGCAUCCCAAUGGCAACGUGUGAAAUGGACCGAUUCUAUGGUCCGGUUGUUAAUUACUGCUGUUUCUUACAUUACUGAGGAGGCGGCCACUGAAUAUGGUUGUAGUGGGGGGAGAAGGAAAUAUGCAAAUUUACAUAAAAAAGGGAAGUGGAAAUCAGUUUCCAAAGUCAUGGCCGAAAGAGGUCAUUUUGUUUCACCUCAACAAUGUGAGGAUAAAUUUAAUGACCUUAACAAAAGGUAUAAAAGACUUAACGAGAUCCUUGGGAGAGGAACUUCUUGUGAGGUUGUUGAGAAUCCAACACUUUUGGAUAUGAUGGAUCACAUCUCUGAGAAAGCAAAGGAGGAAGUUCGAAAGAUUCUAAGCUCAAAACAUUUGCACUAUGAAGAGAUGUGUUCAUAUCAUAAUGGAAAUCGAUUACACCUUCCCCCUGAUCCUGAUUUGCAGCGUUCUUUGCGCUUAGCACUUAGAAGUGGAGAUGAUCAUGAUGAAAAUGAUGUGACAAGGCAUCUGCAGGAUGAUAAUGAAGUUGAUCAAGAAGCUGAAUUGGACGGUCAUGAUGAAUAUGAAGAGAAUCAUGUUUUGUGUGGGGAUCAUAGGGUACAGGAAAUACCAGGAAACUCUAUGAAAAAGUUAAAACAAUGUCAGAAUCAUGAAGAAUUUAGUUUUGGAAGUUCUUUUAAUUCUCUAGAUUGCAACAAAACUUUCAAUUUCCAGUCAGAAAUUACCGAUGCUGAUGUGAGUCAAGUGCUACCUGAAAGCAUGAAAUCGAACAUGUCACAAAAGCAGUGGCUGAAUCAUUGCAGUCUUCAAUUAGAAGAGCAAAGGUUACAUAUUCAAGGACAAAUGUUGGAACUAGAGAAAGAGCGGUUCAAAUGGCAGAGAUUUUGCAAGAAAAAGGACAGAGAAUUGGAGAUGACGAAGAUGGAAAUUGAGAGGAUGAAACUUGAGAACGAACAUAUGUCUUUGGAGUUAAGACGAAGGGAGAUGAGUAUUGACAGCAGUUGA